AUGUCGAACGAUAACACCAACGGCGGACCGCCCAACGAUCGCCGUGGUUCUGUCACCACUGCUGCUUUCUCCAAUCUGUUCCAACGAAGCAACUCGAUUUCCACUGGAAAUGGAAAUGCGCGCGAAUCAGUCUCGUCGGUUGCGGCUAGGGACCAACGUCGACGAUUAUCUGUAACUACACUAGGGCUGUCUGGCACUUCGCCCAACUCCGCAAGCACACCAUUUGGAAUACGAAGGGGUAGUAUUUCCACCAAUAACUCGGAUUCUAUUGACGAGAGCGCUGUCGAUGACGAGGAAUCAGCUAAGAUGGGUCCUACGUCUCCCUAUGCCCGUCGCAUGAGCUUUGGCGCCCAGGCUAUGCGUAACUUACGUACUGGACCUUCUAGUCCUGGAUCAACCGGUAGGCUUCCCCAACAGUCACGACGUAUCUCUAAUGGAAAUUCACGUGCUCCACCUACCGGUACUUCGUCCGCCUCGAAUGCUGCGAGACGGGCAAGUACCUCUCAGGCAAGCAACACGCAACCUUACAGAACCCCUUCUGACAUGUUUUCUGCUCGGGCAGACAAUACAUACAACUGGUCCGAGCAGCUUAGAUCCCGAGCCGAGAGUAGUGUCCAAGGUCAUCGACCGAACUUCGGAGCCGGCAGGCACGGUUCUCCGCCCCGAGGCAGCAAUGGCGGGCCACACGAUCGCUCUAAGUCUGUUUCUGAAUUACCAAAUCCUCCCCAACAGGCUGCUACAGUGCAACCCAGGCAGCCAGAAAGGCCCAAGCCAGACCAUAUGCAAGAACGCAUCCUCAAGGGUGACUUCUAUAUGGAUUGA